GUUUAUGUAUAAAUACUCAUACUGAGAAAGAUGACUGUGAUAAAGUAAAUAAAAUUUCUGUGGCUUUGGAUUCUUCUGGCAAUUCGUGCUGGACAGCUUUACUUGGCUAUGGGGGCAGCAUAAACCCAUAAAAUCAUUAGAAAAUUUUAGAACUUGACAAAAAGGGCUGACUGCAAAUCCCUUUCUAGCUUUCUGGGUAGGAAGAAUUUUGAGAGAUGAUGGAGCUUCCAAGUUUGCUGCUUCUGCUGUUCAUCAGCACCUGCAUUCUUCCAUGGAUGCCCAAUGCUGGCGCUGCCACAGAUCCAAGUGAUGUUGCUGCUGUGAGGGCCUUGUUUCAAAAUCUGAACUCACUAUCUCAGUUAGGUUGGCCUGCUAACGGUGAUGAUCCAUGUGGACAGUCUUGGAAAGGCAUUACUUGCUCAGGCAACCGUGUUACGGAGAUUAAGUUAUCUAAUCUUGGACUUACUGGAACCUUGCCUUAUGGAUUACAAGCCUUGACAUCUUUGACCAACCUAGACGUGAGUAGCAACAGUCUUGGAGGCACCAUACCAUACCAACUUCCUCCAUAUGUGCAGCGCUUAAAUAUUGCUGAUAAUAACAUCACUGGGACGGUCCCUUACUCUAUCUCUAACUUGACCUCUCUUACUGACCUGAAUCUUGGUCAUAAUCAGUUCCAGCAAGGACUGGGUGUUGACUUUCAAAAUCUUUCUACCCUCUCCAAAUUGGAUCUCUCCUUCAAUUCUUUUACAGGUGACCUCCCUCAGACUAUGAGCUCACUUUCACGCAUAACUACCAUGUAUCUGCAAAACAACCAGUUUACAGGCACUAUUGAUGUCCUUGCUAAUCUGCCUCUGGAUGAUCUGAAUGUGGAAAACAAUAAUUUUACUGGAUGGAUACCAGAACAGUUGAAAAAAAUAAACCUACGGACUGCUGGUAAUGCAUGGAGCUCUGGACCUGCACCCCCACCUCCUCCUGGAACACCUCCAGCACCUAAAAGCAACAGACCCCACAAAUCUGGUGGUAGAAGCACCACCCCCUCAGAUGCUGGCGGUGGCUCAGUUGGUGAGGGCAAAAAAUCUGGUAUAGGAGGUGGGGGCAUAGCUGGAAUUGUGAUAUCUGUCAUUGUCGUUGGGGCAAUAGUAGCAUUCUUUCUGGUGAAGAGAAAAUCCAAGAAGUCAUCUGCAGAUUUAGAAAAGCUGGAGGAUCCUCUUCCUUCGAAUGAAGUGCAUGAAGCAAAGACUGUGCAAACUUCCUCUGUAACUGACUUGAAGACAUUUGAUACUUCUGCCUCAAUAAAUCUUAAACCCCCACCUAUUGAUCGUCUUAAAUCAUUUGAUGAUGAAGAAUUCUCCAAGAAGCCCACACAUGUGAAGAAGACUGUUACAGCUCCUGCAAAUGUAAAAUCAUAUUCUAUAGCUGAACUGCAGAUUGCUACUAAUAGUUUCAGUGUGGAUCACCUUAUUGGUGAGGGGUCUUUUGGGCGUGUGUACCGUGCUCAAUUUGAUGAUGGAAAGGUUCUUGCAGUCAAGAAGAUAGAUUCAUCUGUCCUUCCCAAUGAUUGGUCAGAAGAUUUUACAGAAAUAGUUUCAAAUGUCUCCCACUUACAUCAUCCAAAUGUGACAGAACUUGUAGGUUAUUGUGCUGAGUAUGGACAACACCUCUUAAUAUACGAGUUUCAUAAAAAUGGAUCACUGCAUGACUUCCUUCACCUAUCAGAUGAAUAUAGUAAACCAUUGAUAUGGAAUUCCCGUGUCAAGAUUGCUCUGGGGACUGCACGUGCUUUAGAGUACCUACAUGAAGUUUGUUCACCGUCAGUUGUGCAUAAGAAUAUUAAGUCAGCCAACAUAUUACUUGAUGCAGAGCUUAAUCCUCAUGUUUCAGACAGCGGAUUGGCGAGCAAUAUUCCAAAUGCAGAACAGAUAUUAAACCAUAAUGUUGGAUCUGGAUAUGAUGCACCUGAAGUUGCCUUGUCUGGUCAAUAUACUUUGAAAAGUGAUGUCUACAGCUUUGGAGUUGUCAUGUUGGAACUUCUCAGUGGACGGAAACCAUUUGACAGCUCAAGGCCAAGAUCUGAGCAGUCAUUGGUUCGAUGGGCAACACCUCAACUCCAUGAUAUUGAUGCAUUGGCUAAAAUGGUUGAUCCUGCACUGAAAGGGCUAUAUCCUGUUAAGUCUCUUUCUCGAUUUGCCGAUGUUAUUGCUCUUUGUGUUCAGCCGGAACCUGAAUUCAGACCACCAAUGUCAGAAGUGGUUCAAGCACUGGUAAGGUUAGUGCAGCGAGCUAACAUGAGCAAGCGAACAUUUAGUAGUAGUGAUCUUGGAGGAUCCCAACGAGGGAGUGAUGAGCCAGCUCUACGGGACAUCUGAAUACUUGUGUUAAAGUAGUGGUUCCAAAGGAAUUGUACUCAAAUUUUUCUCCAUUUUUUGUCCUUUUAACCCUUGAAUCUAUACGUCUUUGUGAGUUAGAUUGAUUGCACCUUUGAUCAACCAAGUUGGACAGUGGGUGAUGUAUGUUGUUUAAGCUAGUUCCUUCAUUUGUAAUAUAAAUUCCAUUAGGUGCAAAUUU